AUGGAUUACCAGAAUCGCGCAGGCUCCAAAUUCGGCGGCGGAGGCGUUGCCUCCCACUCCGCAACCAACGCAGAUCGUCGUGAACGUUUGCGCAAGCUCGCGCUCGAGUCCAUCGACCUCGACAAAGACCCCUACUUCUUCAAAAACCACGUCGGCAGCUUCGAGUGCCGUCUCUGCCUCACAGUCCACCAAAAUGACGGCUCCUACCUGGCCCACACGCAGGGCAAGAAGCAUCAGACGAAUCUCGCCCGUCGCGCGGCCCGCGAACAGCGCGAGGGUAAAAAUCAAGAUCCUUCCACACUGCCCGGAGCAAUGGGUGUGCAGGUCAAGAAGCAGACUAUCAAAAUUGGGCGACCGGGGUAUAAGAUUACCAAGAUCCGAGACCCGUUGACUCGGCAGAUGGGAUUGUUGUUCCAAUUACAAUUCCAAGAAAUCACACCCGGCAUUGUUCCCCGUGUGCGGUUCAUGUCGGCUUUUGAACAGAAAGUCGAGGAUCCCGACAAGAAUUUCCAGUACCUUGUUGUGGCGGCGGAGCCAUAUCAGACCUGUGCUUUCAAGCUGCAGGCCAAGGAGAUUGAUCGCCGGGAAGGAAGGUAUUGGACGUGGUUCGAUGAAGACAGCAAAGAGUUUUGGGUUCAAAUCAUGUUCAAGACGGAACGUGAGGAACGGUUCAGUGGCGUGCCCGGCCUAGCGCCCACUCGGACGUGA